AGCACCGGGAUCGGGAUCAGCACCGGGAUCGGGAUCAGCACCGGGAUCAGGGUCCAGCACCGGGAUCGGGGUCCAGCACCGGGAUCGGGGUCCAGCACCGGGAUCGGGAUCAGCACCGGGAUCAGGGUCCAGCACCGGGAUCGGGAUCAGCACCGGGAUCGGGGUCCAGCACCGGGAUCGGGAUCAGCACCGGGAUCAGAGUCCAGCACCGGGAUCGGGAUCAGCACCGGGAUCGGGGUCCAGCACCGGGAUCGGGAUCAGCACCGGGAUCAGAGUCCAGCACCGGGAUCGGGAUCAGCACCGGGAUCAGGGUCCAGCACCGGGAUCAGGGUCCAGCACCGGGAUCGGGAUCAGCACCGGGAUCAGGGUCAGCACCCGCACCGAGACCGGGAUCGGAAUGAGCCGCGUAGGAAGCAACACCAUUGGGAUGUCCCGGGCGCUCAGCCUCAGGAACGUGCCCCGGACUUUCUCGGUUUCCACCACGAAUUUACUGAAUGAGAGCCCCCGGGCGGAGAUCGACCCGAAACUGCGGGCGGCCCGGACCCAGGAGAAGGACGAGAUCAAGAGGCUGAAUGACAAGUUCUCGGAUGUCAUCAGCCGGGUUCGUAAGCUAGAACAGGAGAAGCAGGUGCUGGUGACACGAUGGGAUCUGCUGCAGCACACAGACACGUACAAAUCAAAUGCUGACAAAAUCGUCAACAUGUUCUGCAACAAACUGAAGCAGCAGCUUGGUGAUCUAGAGAAGGAGAGAGACCGCCUGAAGCUGCAGAUCUCGCACACACAGCAAAUGGUUGAAGAUUUCAAAGGGAAAUAUGAAGAUGAGAUUAAUUCCCGUACUACACUGGAGAAUGAAUUUGUUAUCCUUAAAAAGGAAGUGGAUGAUGCCUAUUUUCAAAAGGUCGAGCUGGAAUCAAAACUGGAAUAUCUCACCAAUCUGAUUGAGUUCCUGAAGCUACUCUAUGCUGAGGAAAUUCAUGAGCUGCAAUCGCAAAUCCAGAGCACUGCCGUCACACUCAAGGUUAACAACAAACGCCAACUUGACAUGAAACAGAUGAUCGAUGACAUCAAACGGCAGCACGCUGAAGUCGCAGCCAGGAACAAGAGUGAGGCUGAAGCCUGGUACCAAAGCAAGCUAUCAGAUCUGGAGAAUGACAAGGCAAGACAGAACAAUGACCUCAGAAAUGCAAAGAACGAGUUUGCUGAUUGCUCACGUUAUCUGCAGAAGCUGAAGUCUGAAAUAGAUGCGCUUCAGAAUCAGCGUGCCUCCCUGGAGUCUAACACCAGGGAUGCAGAGGAGCGUGGACAGCUUGCCAUCGAGGAAGCCAAGAACCAUAUCAACCAGCUGCAGGAGGCUCUGCGGAGUGUAAAGACGGAUAUGGCCGAGCAAAUGCGCGAGCACCAAGAAUUACUCAACGCCAACAUGGCACUGGACAUGGAGAUUGCCACCUACAGUAAACUCCUGGAUGGAGAGGAGGAAAGAGAUGGCGCUCCGUCCAGUGGCACCAUAACCCGAGUGGUCAGCUCAUCAGUCAACCCGAAAGGAAACUUGGUCAGGAAAAAUUCAAAAUUCAUAUAACUGACUUAAGAUCAUUCGGAUGUUAUGGAUUGGAAGGGAUGGAAGCGAGAAUCAAUUCCUCUCUAAAGAUCCUAUCACUGAUGCUUAGCACAUGAAGUCCCGCCCUCCAGA